AUGGCGUUUGGGAUGGCCAUGCUGUUACCUAGACCUUGGACCUUGAUAAGAAACGUUGAGUUCCUGACCAUUACGGAUGACUUAGGGCUGCAAAACUGCGAUUACCUGGAAGAAUGGCUUCUGUGGGAAUGGAAGAAUUACACCAUCCUGGAGCUUCUGGAGUCAUUCAUGAGGGAGGGGACAACACCAUAUCUAAAACGCAUUACUCUGCUGCUCGAAUGGAUUGAUUCGGACACUAAUCAAUGGUCAACUAGAGCGAAGGAGCAGCUCCAGGGUUUGAGUGUUCAAACGGGGAUUCCACUCGAGAUCGUCGAAACAACUGAGAUUCCACUUGAUUUCGUCGAAAUAGAGCAGUAUUAA